AUGGCGGACUCGGGUGGCCGCGCCGCGCCGCCCAACUCGCGCGCCGUUUAUCGGCCGCCAUCGGGCCGCAUCGACUUGGCAACGCCGGCCGCAUUCCUGGCGGCGCGGCAACGUCGCAACUGUCUCGCGCCACCUUUGCGUCGGACAAAGAGUGUACAAGUGUACAUUCAAGUGAGAGAUACGAGGAAUUUUGUUCACGAGCCAUCUAAACUCGUUAAUGUGUGCGCCGUUUAUGCUCUAAAAGCUAUUUUG